ACUCCGAGAGGUAGCCAAAUAUUUGACAAACUAGCAGCAGUCGUUUUCUAGCCAGCUAGUAGCAAAAUAAUCUAGCUAUUAAAAAAAUAAUUUCCUCACAUUUCAGCCGCUUGCGGGUUUGCUAAGGAUUUAGGUUUCCGUGUAAACAGGAUGUCAACUCCAGCAAGACGACGUUUAAUGAGAGAUUUUAAACGGCUGCAAGAGGAUCCACCAGCAGGAGUUAGUGGAGCCCCAUCAGAAAACAAUAUCAUGGUAUGGAACGCAGUCAUUUUUGGACCAGAGGGAACACCUUUUGAAGAUGGAACCUUCAAACUUACCAUUGAAUUCACAGAGGAAUAUCCAAAUAAACCUCCUACAGUGCGAUUUGUCUCCAAAAUGUUUCAUCCAAAUGUGUAUGCAGAUGGCAGCAUAUGCUUAGAUAUACUUCAGAAUCGUUGGAGUCCUACCUAUGAUGUGUCUUCAAUCUUAACUUCAAUACAGUCUUUACUGGAUGAGCCAAACCCAAACAGUCCAGCCAACAGCCAAGCAGCCCAACUGUACCAGGAAAACAAACGGGAGUACGAGAAAAGGGUUUCUGCUAUUGUUGAACCAGAGUUGGCGUGACUGUUGACCCCUGUUGUCGUUGGAGUAUGAACAGUGUCCAGCCCAGAAUCAAGAAACCACCGAUCAAGAAAAUAACUGAUCUCGCAGAAAUAAAAUGGCACAUCGUAAAAUCCUUCAAUAUAUUUGUCCCCUAACUGUUGCUAAGUUUGUAUGCUGUUGUGUUGUGGCAUUCACUCCAGCCGAAUGCCUGUUGUUGGGCAAUAGCGUAUGUUUGUUAAAAGUUAAUGUACCUUGUUAUAUCUGGGUUACUUGCUACAUGCCCCAACUAUUUUUUUUUUUUUAAAAAGGCAAUAGCCAGUCUGUUAUCAUUUUUCUACCUGUUUAUUCAUACAUGAAGUGAAUUGGAUGGAUGAUAUGGUGAGUUAAUUAGAUUGUGCUUGCUGUGUGGUUUGCUGUGUAGAUACCAGCAGUUCAUAUUUACAAAAAGCAAAGCUGUUAAUGAGUGUUUCAGUGGGCUCACUCCUUUUGGUUUUGUUCGUUUUUGCCUAUUGAAAGCCUUUCAGAGGGAUAGAGAAUGAACUUGGCAUGGACAUCCAUCCCUCUGACUCAACAGAUGCCUUUUGAGGGUCCUUUUUCUCUCAGCUUUUCUUGUAAAGCCAUGCCUUUGAUUUUAAAAAACAUUAUAGAUAUUGGUAAACAUGUAUUGUCCCCUCUUCAACACAGAACAAGACAUUGAAUUGGUUUCACGCAGAGUUUCAUAAUGCUGACAUUUAAAGGCUGUGUGAGAACAUUUGUAUGCUAUUUUACAAUCUUGCAAAUCAGCUGUCAUAAAAAGCUGAUUAUACUGUUUAACAGGAUGGUGUCCGUUUUCAGAUUAUCAAACUUUGCACUGGUAACCCAUGUAACAAACUGUACAUUUUCUUGUAAAUAAAAUAAAUAUACAUCA